AUGGCUGAACUGAAGAAGGAGAACAAUCAGAUCAUCACCAGCGUGAACAUCACAAGUCAGCAUUACAUGAACAUUGAGGCAGAGAACUCUGUUCUCAGAGCCCAAGCGGAUGAGCUUAGCAACAGACUGCAGUCUCUGAAUGAGAUUGCGAGUUUCUUGAAUGCAAGCAAUGGGGUUUUUGCUGCUGGAGAUUCAAGCAGCUUCAAUGAGCCCACUGACAGCUUCUUCAACCCAUUGAAUCUGUCAUAUUUGAACCAGCCCAUCAUGGCUUCUGCUGCAGAGAUGUUUCAUUACUGA